GGCCGUAGCACUUCCCAAGGAGGUGCAGAAGCAGCAGCAGCAGGGGAAGAAGAGAGGCAGCAGAAAGGAGAAGCAGAGGAGAAAGACCUUCUGCUUUCCUUCUUCCCCUGUGGCCUCAAAGAAAGAGAAAGAGAGAAAAGAGCGAUGCCGGAGGGAUCGGAUCGAUCGUCGUUCCCGCUUAUCGCGGUGGCCGUCGACAAGGACAAGAGCAGCCAGAACGCUCUGAAGUGGGCUCUGGACAACGUCGCCGUCAAGGGCCAAACCAUCUUCCUCGUCCACGUGAUCACCAAGCUUUCAGCAGGUCAUCAAGAAGAUGUGACAUCCGCAGCCAGUCAACUGCUCGUUCCAUUCCGGUGCUUCUGCAAACGCAAAAAUGUUAGGUGCAAGGAUAUUAUACUGGAGGAUACCGAUUUAGCAAAGGCAAUUGUUGACUUUGUUUCCCAUGCUGGAGUAGAGAAGCUGAUAGUAGGAGCAUCAAAAGGCGGAUUUGUUAGAUCAUUUAGAUACACAGACGUCAGCACCAACAUCUGCAAAAGCGUGCCUGAUUUCUGCACAGUUUAUAUCAUCUCCAAAGGGAAGAUCUCUUCUAUGAGAAAUGCUGUCCGAUCAGCACCAGUUGUUACUCCUUUACGAUCUCAAAUCCUAAAACAACCAAGUUCUGUACCUGAGCCCGUCGUGUACCAGAAUUCUCAAGGCACAAAAGGUAAUGCUGCAUUUGAGACUCGGAAUCUGUAUAAAGAAAAAGAAUCAAUCAGGUCACCAUUAAACAGCGCAACACGUGUCCAGAGCACAAAAUCCAAAGAAGAGACAAUGUCAGGCAGUGAUGAACCAUUUUUUAGUAGUGGGAAGCCAAGCAUUGAUCACCUUUUCCCGCAGAGAUUGUCCUGCAUAUCAGAUGGCCUUGAUUGCAGCUUUGAGUCAGUGCAAUCACCACACAGGUCAUCAUUGGAUGCUUACUCAUCUAGGAGUGGUUUCUCUCCUCGAUCCAAUGGGAGCUUUUCAUCUCAAAUGUCGGAAGAAGUGAAAGCAGAGAUGAAUAGGCUGAAGUUAGAGCUCAAGCAGACAAUGGAUAUGUACAGCACAGCAUGCAGAGAAGCACUCACGGCUAAACAGAAGGCAAUGGAGCUCCACCGGUGGAAGAUGGAGGAACAACAAAGACUAGAAGAAGCUCAACUAGCAGAAGAAGCUGCCUUGAUCCUAGCUGAUAAGGAGAAAGCAAAAUGUAAGGCAGCAUUGGAGGCAGCUGAAGCGGCCAAACGAAUUGCAGAACUGGAAGCGCAGAAAAGAAUAAAUGCAGAGAUGCAAGCACUCCAAGAACCUGGGAAGAAAAAGUCCUCAAGUAUUUUGUCCAAGACUGACCUGAGGUAUAGGAAAUACACAAUUGAGGAUAUAGAAGCAGCCACAGAAAACUUUGCAGAGAACCGGAAAAUUGGGGAAGGUGGGUAUGGUCCUGUCUACAGGUGCUAUCUUGAUCACACCCCUGUUGCCAUUAAGGCACUGCGACCAGAUGCAUCCCAAGGGAGAUCACAGUUUCAGCAAGAGGUUGAAAUACUAAGUUGCAUUCGGCAUCCAAAUAUGGUUCUUCUCCUCGGUGCCUGCCCAGAAUACGGUUGCCUUGUAUAUGAAUACAUGGCAAAUGGGAGCUUGGAGGACCGCUUAUACCGGCGAGGAAAUACACCACCCAUCCCCUGGCAGCAUAGGUUCCGCAUUGCUGCCGAGAUCGGCACAGGGCUCCUUUUCCUCCAUCAAACUAAGCCAGAGCCAUUGGUUCAUAGAGACCUUAAGCCUGCAAAUAUCCUCCUCGACCAAUAUUAUGUGAGCAAAAUUAGUGAUGUCGGCCUAGCCCGCCUGGUACCCCCAUCUGUGGCAGACAGUGUCACCCAGUAUCAUAUGACAUCUGCAGCUGGAACAUUCUGUUACAUCGAUCCAGAAUAUCAACAGACUGGAAUGCUAGGCAUAAAGUCUGACAUAUACUCUUUUGGAGUCUUGUUGUUGCAGCUACUCACUGGGAAACCUCCCAUGGGGCUGACUCAUCAUGUGGAGCGUUCAAUUGAGAAAGGAACAUUUGCAGAUAUGCUGGAUCCUGCAGUCCAAGAUUGGCCAGUCGAGGAAGCUUUAGGUUUAUUGAAGUUAGCACUUAAAUGUGCAGAGCUAAGACGGAAAGACCGGCCGGAUCUUGGAACGAUCAUAUUGCCAGAGCUCAACAGAUUGAGAACACUAGGGGAAGAAAAUAUGCAACAUUUUGUGCUCAGGAACUGCUUCCGUACCUCAAAUAUUUACAAUCAAAUUCCCAUGCAAGUAAGGAUUCCAUUCAUUGUCUCCUUUUCUCAUUCUGUCCAGGUUAGCUGACAGCACCUAACAAACUAGACUAACAAGAUCGAACCAUGCUUAGUGAAGUCCAGAAGUAUAUGCAAAAGAACAAAGGAGAAUACAUAUGAAAUAGCAAAAAAAUGUAUAGUUACUUGACUCCA